AGUGUGAAUUACGAAGAAAGCAUAAAGGAACAUUGGAAUUUGGAAACCUAGUGGAUCAUCAGAGUCAAAUUCAGACCAUUAACCUCCCCCCCAACAAACAAAUUCAGAUUAAUUAACAUUAACCCCCUCAAUUUCCUUACUUGUUCUUCUUCAAAUACUUUCCAUAAUUUCACUGCACUCUCAACUCACCCGCCAAAAUUCCAUAACUUCCCGCUUUCUCUCUCUUCUGUUUCUCUGCAAUGAAUCGAAGUGGUGGUUAUUCAUCAUCUUCAAGAGGUAGAGGUCGCCAUUCAUGGCGGAAAGUUACUGCCGAUUCUUCUCCUGAUUUUCAUACCCCUGUUCAAGCUGAUGCGCCUUCUAAUACGCACAUGUCAGGUUCUCUGGAUAGAAAACCACAUAGCUCAUGGCAAGUAAAAGGGCAUAACUCAGAUGGUGUUGUCUCACAAAAAUAUGAGAAUGUGACUCCAGACCGCCAGGGCCAGAAACAUGGCAGUUCUAUGCUCAGAGGUGGAGGUUCUUUAGAUAGAAAACCACAUGGCUCAUGGCAAGUAAAAGGUCAUAGUUUGGACAGUGUUGUCUCACCAGAUAAUGAUAACAUGACUCCUGCAGGCCACCAAGGCCAGCAACAGGGAAGUUCUUCGUCUGUAGGGGGGAGUUAUAUUCGUGGUGGUAGACAAAAGCAAUGGAUGACCUCCUCCAGGGCCAGCAAUACUGCUGAUUCUAGCCACGAUGAACAUCUAGGGCGUUGCUCUGUUGAUGCAAAAGUUCCAAGAAACCUUGAUCGCUCAUUCAUGGAAAAUGUUGACAAUCUUGCCGAUAUGUCUCGCCUUUCACUGGAAUCAGAUGUGGAAGUUAACCAUUGUUCUGGGGCUGAACCUCUUAAAAGUACCGAGAAUGAAUUUGGCCAUGAAAAUAAUGAAAGCUCUGACUGUGCUACUCCAAUUAGAGUUUUUGAUAUAUGCCCUCCAAAAUCAGGUUCCAUGAUCAUACUGAAACCAUCCUUGUUAGCAAAGAAUAGAGAAAAGCGAAAUGAGAUGAAACACUCUGUUGGUGGGCCUCAAGGAAUUAUUUUGAGAUCUGGAAUGGUUCUACUCAAGGGCUACUUUUCAACCUCCGAACAGGCAAACAUUUUAAAGAAAUGUCGUGACCAUGGACUGGGCCCUGCAGGUUUCUAUGAGCCUCGUUUUCGUGAGGGAGGGAAGUUGCAUCUGAGGAUGAUGUGUUUUGGUCAGUUUUGGGAUCCUGAGGCCAGCAAAUAUGUAAAAAAUCGACCAAUUGAUCAAGCAAAACCGCCGUCACUUCCACAGGAAUUUCUACUGUUAGUUGAUAGAGCCAUCAAGGACUCUCACUCUCUUAUAGCUAAACAGUCAAAUAAUGUAGAAGACAUUCUUCCCCCAGUUAAGCCAGAUAUCUGCCUUGUAAAUUAUUAUUCACAAACUGGACGGCUCGGUUUACAUCAGGACAAGGAUGAGAGUCGAGAGAGUCUUGGGAAAGGAAUACCUAUUGUGUCUUUCUCCAUUGGUGACUCUGCAGAAUUUUUAUAUGGUGAUCAGGCAGAUGCUGAAAAGGCUGAUAAGAUCAAAUUAGAAUCUGGAGAUGUUCUAAUAUUCGGAGGUAAAUCAAGACAUAUUUUCCAUGGUGUCUCUGCAAUUCUGCCAGGUACUGCCCCACCAUCUCUGCUCCAAGAAACUAAUUUUCGCCCUGGUCGUCUGAAUCUUACUUUCAGACAGCGUAUUUAAUCUGCUCCUCUUUUAUUUUGGGCUGGAAAAGAGUAGAGGGAGGGGUUUUGUGUUUUUAAAAUGGUGAUGGUAGCAUGGCACGGGAUCCGGCCUACAGGCUACAGCCCUGUGUCAAGGAACUCUAAGCCCUGGUGUGUGUGUGUGUGUGUGUGAGUUUUUUUUUUUUUUUUUGGGGUGGGUGGGGGUGGGGGGUUGGUUGGUUGGUUGGUUGGUUGGAGGGGGUUAAUGGUGAUGGUUUGGAUGCUAAUAGACAAGCCAUGGCUUCCUUAUAAAAAGCCGAAGGAGAGAGACAUGCCAUUCUUCCUCCUUCCAUGUAAAUAGUAGAAACAGAGGAUUUUCACUGAUAAUGGAAUGCAUAUUUAAAUGGAAACUUCAAAUUUGUUGUAAUA